AGUUUGUAGAAAAGUCUGGGCUACUUCCCAUUCCCCCUCUGCCGUCCUUCUCCUUCCUUUCCCAAUUUUUUCCGCCCCUUUCCGCCUACUAGAAUGCUGCUGCCUCCGGUCUGGGUCUCGGUCUCGGGUUGAUCUGACCCGCAGAGGGUGGCGUCCGAGGCCGCCUUCAGUGAGGUGAGGAAGGUGAAGGCGCAGAAAAGGAGUACCAAGUAUGGGCAAGAAAGGGAAGUGGUUCAGUGCUGUCAGGAGAGUCUUCAGCUCCUCUGAUCCGGAGGGGAAGGAAGCCAAGACUGAGAAGGUCGACAAGCCGAAAUCCAGGAAGAAAUGGCCAUUUGGCAGCAAGUCUAAGCACUUCGAUCCACCGACCUUGCCAGUGUCAGAGGUCGCCCCAGUAGCUCCGUCGCCGCUGCCGCUGCCACUUCCGCCUACGCAGCCUCCUCAGCCGCAAUCCGAGGAGAUCAAGGAUAUCAAGCCAGUCGAAACGGAGAGUGAACAAAACAAGCAUGCCUACUCUGUUGCCCUUGCCUCCGCUGUCGCUGCGGAAGCUGCUGCUGUCGCCGCCCAGGCUGCUGCUGAGGUCGUCCGCCUCACAGCUGUCCCUACAGCCACAUCAAAAACGCAUGUUUGCUCAAAGGAAGAAGUCGCUGCUGUCAAGAUUCAGACUGCCUUCAGGGGUUAUCUGGCAAGGAGAGCACUGCGGGCACUAAGAGGACUAGUUAGGCUAAAGUCGCUAGUUGAUGGAAAUGCUGUCAAACGCCAAACAGCCCACACCUUGCAUUGCACACAAACAAUGACAAGAGUUCAAACCCAAAUCUACUCUAGAAGGGUGAAGAUGGAGGAGGAAAAACAGGCUCUUCAAAGACAGCUCCAGUUGAAGCACCAAAGGGAACUCGAGAAAAUGAAGAUGGAUGAAGACUGGGAUCAUAGCCAUCAAUCGAAAGAACAAAUCGAGGCCAGCUUAAUGAUGAAACAGGAAGCUGCACUAAGACGAGAAAGAGGACUUGCAUAUGCAUUUUCUCAUCAGUGGAAGAAUUCUGGCCGAACUGUAACACCAACAUUCACAGACCAAGGGAAUCCUAAUUGGGGCUGGAGCUGGAUGGAACGCUGGAUGUCAGCAAGGCCGUGCGAUAACCAAGUGGUGUCAAACAAGGAUCUUAAAGACUCUGCUCUUACGAAAAAUCUCAGCACUAGCGCCGCUCGAACCUUUGUACCCCGUGCUCUCUCAAUCCAGAGACCGGCAACACCAAGCAAGUCAAGCCGUCCACCGAGCCGGCAAUCACCAUCAACACCCCCAUCAAAGGACCCCUGGUCUGCAGGAAAGUUCAGACCAUCAAGUCCAAGGGAUAGCUGGCUCUACAGGGAUGAUGACCUGAGGAGCAUCACAAGCAUACGCUCCGAGCGCCCAAGGAGGCUGAGCACAGGUGGAGCCUCGGUCCAGGAUGAUGCAAGCCUAACAAGCACGCCUGCUCUCCCCAGCUACAUGCAGUCCACAAAGUCCGCAAGGGCAAAGUCCCGGUACCACAUGGUAUUCGCCGACAAGUUUGAGGUACCUCAAAGAGCAUCUCUGGUCCAGUCGUCAAUAAAGAAGCGCCUAUCCUUCCCAGUGACAGACAAACCAAAUGUUGCUACUGCUGAUAAGCCGAUGGAAAGAGAGAGGCGUCAUUCAGAACCUCCGAAGGUGGAUCCUGCCUCCCUGAAAGACGUCCAUGUUCCCUGAUAUGAUCGAAGGAACUUCUAUGAUCAAAUGACACCAGGCGCAUCGCUUAUGACUGUUUGAUCGUCUUGUUUUUCGUUUUGGUAUUUUCUAGUUUAGAUUGUUUUCUCUUAAGGUUGAGCCCUCUAUGAAAUGUAUGUUGUGUUUGGGUUAUAAUUUGAGACGACUCUUGACUGUUAACAGACAGAGGUUUUUCUCUGUGGAUUGCUUAUUUGCGUGUGUGAUGUUGGUGAGGAGUAAAAGAGGAGGGAUGAAGUGCGUGCGUGGCUUUCAGUGUACAUUAUGAUGCUUGAAAUGUAAGUUGUUGAAUUUUCCUGA